CGCCUGUAAGACACUAGCAAAGCCAAGCCGCGGCCGCGCACGCACAGCUGUUAAAGCUCGAACCGAUAGCGCAGACAAGAGGCGGGUUAAAAAAAACUCCAAACGUAGACAGCGCACCAAUUUUUGCCUUUUUUUCGGCGCGCUAGCUUGCACGGAGACCAAGAGGCCUGGUGCGCGUGCUGUGAUCCGCGCCGCGCAAAGACAAGAGACCUAAUAAGACACGUGCCGCAGGAGCAUGUCGUCGUCCCUCCGCCGCAGCGCCUCGACGCGGGACGCCGACGUCGAAGGCGGCGCGGUCUACGACGACGACAUCGACUGGACCAAGGUAAAACGAACGCAAAAGGGCAAGGCCCCGCCGCUCACGCUGCUCGGCGCCGGCGUUUGCGCGGCGUGGCUCUGCCUCACGACCACGAGGACCGUGGGACGCUACGAGGCCUUCGUCGCGUGCUGCGUCGCCUACGGCGCGCUCUUCUCGACGUACCUGCGGAAGUGGAUCGCGAAGAGGAGCGGAGGCGACAGCGCCAUGCGGGCCAUCUCGCAGCCCAUCGCCGACGGCGCGGCGGGGUUCUUGCGGGUCCAGUACGCGGCCAUCUUCCGGCUCGCCGCGCCGCUCGCCUUGUUGAUCGGGCUGUCGUACAAACUUCGGCCACCUCCGCGAGGCGCCGCGGGCGCGGCGCAGGCCGUGUCGCGCACGACCUUGGGUUGCGUUGCCUCGUGCUGCUUCCUGGUCGGCGCGGGCUGCUCCGCAUUGAGCGGCUACGCGGCGAUGCGCGUCGCGAGCCACGCGAACGUGCGCGUCGCGGACGCCGCCAAGCGCUCGGCGGCCGACGCGUUGGUGGUGUGCUUUCGGGGCGGGGCGUUCAGCGCCGUGCUGAACCUGACGUUGUGCAUCGUGGGCGUGCUCGUGCUGUUCGGCGUCAUCCACAUGGCGGGCGUCGUGGACGACGCGGCGGACGUGCCUCUGUUGUUGGUGGGCUACGGCUUCGGGGCGUCGUUCGUCGCGCUGUUCAUGCAGCUCGGCGGGGGCAUCUACACGAAGGCCGCGGACGUCGGCGCCGAUCUGGUCGGCAAGGUCGAGCAGGCCAUCCCCGAGGACGACCCGCGCAACCCCGCCGUCGUCGCCGACCUGGUGGGCGACAUGGUCGGCGACUGCGUCGGCAGCUCGGCGGACGUCUUCGAAUCCGUGGGCGCGGAGAUCAUCGGGGCCAUGAUCCUCGGGGGGCGGCUGGCGCGGGACGCGGGCGCGGACCCGGCGCCCGUGGUCUUCUUCCCGCUCGUCGUGCACUCGAUCGACGUCGUCGCGUCGUCGCUGGGCGUGCUCGCCGUGUCCAAGGAGCGGGUCGUCGCCCUCGAGAGGAGGGAGGGCGAGUACGCGCCCAUGGUCGUGCUGCAGCAGGGCUACCUGGUGACGCUCGCCGUCGCGUUGGCCGGGUUCGGCCUCGCGUGCUUCUGGCUCCUGGACGUCGAGGGCGCGCCCGCCGCGUGGCGCCACUUCCUGGGCUGCGGGCUGUGCGGCUUCGGGACGGCCUUCGUGUGCAUGCGCGCGUCGCGCUACUACACGGACUACGCCUUCGAGCCCGUCCGCCGCAUCGCCGAGUCGGCGACGACGGGCCACGCGACGACCAUCAUCACGGGCCUCGCGGUGGGGCUGGAGAGCGUCGUCGCGCCGGUGCUCACGGUGGGCGUCGCGGUCGUCGCGUCCUACCACCUGGGGAGGACGUCCGGCGUCGGGGCGACGUCCGGGGACCCGGCCGCGGCGGCGCGCGCCGCGGGCCUCUUCGGGACCGCGGUGGCGACGAUGGGCAUGCUCGCCUCUGCGGUCUACGUGCUGGCGAUGAACAACUUCGGGCCGAUCGCCGAUAAUGCCGGAGGCAUCGCGGAGAUGUCGCGGCCCGUGCAUAAAUCGAAUGGUCGCGGCGCGUUCGCGGUGUGGUUCGUGCACCCGACACACCGGUUGAUUUCCACACAGGUCGCGACAACAGGCGCACGUCCGCGACGCGACGGACGCGCUGGACGCGGCGGGCAACGUCACGAAGGCCGCGACGAAGGGCUACUCCAUCGGCAGCGCCGCCUUGGCCUGCUUUCUGUUGUUCGGGGCGUUCAUGGACGAGUUCUCGCAAUUCGCCGGGCGGCCCUUUGAGGUCGUGGACGUCGCCACGCCCGAGGUGCUCGUGGGCGGCCUCUUCGGCGUGGGGAUGGUGUUUGCCUUCGCGGGCAUGGCCAUCGCCGCCGUGGGCCGCGCGGCGCAGCGGGUCGUGCUCAUCUGCCGGGAAGCCUUCAAGAGCGACCCGGGCAUCCUCGCGGGGACGUCGCUGCCGAACUACGAGCGCGUCGUCUCCGUCGUGACGCAGGCCGCCCUCUCGGAGAUGGUCGCGCCGGGCGUGCUGUGCGUCGGCGCGCCGGUGGCGGUGGGCUUCGCGGGGCGCUUCGUCGGCGAGCUGACGGGGCGGCCGCUGCUGGGAGCGGAGGUGCUCGCGGGCUACCUCGUCUUCGGCACGGUGUCGGGCAUCCUGAUGGCGCUCUUCCUGGACAACGUGGGCGGCGCCUGGGACAACGCGAAGAAGUACGUCGAGCUCGGCCACUACGGGGGCAAGGGCUCCGAGGCGCACAAGGCCGCCGUGACGGGCGACACGGUCGGCGACCCGCUCAAGGACACGGCGGGGCCCUCGCUGCACGUCGUCAUCAAGCUACUCUCCACGACCAUCCUGGUCCUGGGCCCGCUCUUCGUCGGCGGGCGGACCGGCGCAUCUGUGUAAAGUUAUCAAUCGUAUUACAGA